CUCAGAGACCAGGCGCAGGACAGGGGGGCUUCAACACCGUGAGUACACACACAGACCUACAAACACAGAUUCAGUGCCUUCAAAGUAUUCACACCCCUUCACUUAUUCCACAUUUUCUUGUGUUAAAGCUUCAAUUCAAAGUGUAUUAAAUAUAUUUUGUUUUCGCAUCCAUCUAACCAUAAUACCCAUAAUGACAAUUUUAGCUAAUUUAUAAAAAAUUUAAUACAUAAAUAUCUAAUUUACAUAAGUAUUCACACCCCUGAGUCAAUACAUUUUAGAAUCACCUUUGGCAGCGAUAACAGCUGUGAGUCUUUCUGGGUAAGUCUCUAAGAGAUUUCCACACCUGGAUUGUACAACAUUUGCCAUUUAUUAUUUUCAGAAUUCUUCAAGCUCUGUCAAAUUGGUUGUUGAUCAAUGCUAGACAACGAUUUUCAAGUCUUGCCAUAGAUUUUCAAGUAGAUUUAAGACAAAACUUUAACUUGGCCACUCAGGAACAUUCACUGUCUUCUUGGUAAGCAAUUCCAGUGUAGAUUUGGCCUUGUGUUAUCGGUUAUUGUCCUGCUGGAAGGUGAAUUAAUCUCCCAGUGUCUGGUGGAAAGCAGACUGAACCAGGUUUACCUCUAGGAUUUAGCCUGUGCUUAGUUCAAUUCUGUUUCUUUUUUAUCCUGAAAACUCCCCAGUCCUUAUCGAUUACAAGCAUACCCAUAACACGAUGCAGCCACCACUAUGCUUGAAAAUAUGGAGAGUGGUACUCAGUAAUGUGUUGUAUUGGAUUUGCCCCAAACAUAACCCUUUGUAUUCAGGACAAAAAGUUAAUUGCUUUGCCCCAUUUUCUUUAGUAUUUCUUUAGUGCCUUGUUGCAAACAGGGUUCAUGUUUUGGAAUAUUUUUAUUAUUUUCACUCUGUCAAUUAGGUUAGUAUUGUGGAGUAACUACAAUGUUGCGCAAUUUUUUUACUCCUGAACUUAUUUAGGCUUGCCAUAACAAAGGGGUUGAAUACUUAUUGAUUCCAGACAUUUCAGCUUUUCACUUUUAAUUAAUGUGUAAAUAUUCUGUGAAAUAUAAUUCCACUUUGACAUUAUGGGGUAUUGUGUGUAGGCCAGUGACAAAAGAAUCUAAAUGUAAUCCAUUUUAAAUUCACGCUGUGGAAAAAGUCAAGGGUUGUGAAUACUUUCUGAAGGCAGUGUACACACACACACACACACACACACACACGCAUUAGAUAGUGUGGUGUCGAGAAAACGUUGCUAAUUAUGCUGUGAAAACAAGGAAGUCCGCUGACGCUGUACUUUGAUCAUAAAGGUUUAUUAUAUCAGAGUAUUCCAGCUUCAAUUUACAGAUAAAACCACUUGAAACCAUUAGCAAAGUCAUAAAUUCCUCAGACACUACAAUAGCAGCCAUUUUACAGGCUCCUGACCAAUUCUGCUAUUUUGCGCUGAUCUUUUUUUGUACCUAAUUGUUUCCACCACCGUUUCCUAAAGACCGAAAAGAGUUUCUGGACAUCAGAACAGCGAUCACUAACCUCGAUUUGGAUGAAGAUUUCUACUUCAACGAGGUAUUAAGGAAGUCUCAAGGUUUUGCUUGCGUGCUGUAGACCAUAAUAUUUACCAAGAUAAUUUUCAUCUAUAACUUUCGUAGCUGUCUAUUUACCACCACAAACCGACGCUGGCACUAAGACCGUACUCAACGAGCUGUAUAGAUGCAUAAGCAAACAAGAAAAUGCUCAUCCAGAGGCGGCGCUCCUAGUGGCCGGUGAUUUUAAUGCAGGAAAACUGAAAUCCAUUUCUACCAGCAUGUCAUGUCUGCAACUAGAGGUGAAAAAGCACUAGAUCACCUUUACUCCACGCACAGAAACGCAUACAAAGCUCUCCCUCGCCCUCCAUUUGGCAAAUCUGACCAGAACUCUAUCCUCCUGAUUCCUGCUUACAAGCAAAAACUCAAACAGCAAGUACCAGUGACUCUCUCAAUACGGAAGUGGUCAGAUGACGGGGAUGCUACGCUACAGGACUGUUUUCGCUAGCACAGACUGGAACAUGUUCCGGGAUUCAUCCGAUGGCAUUGAGGAGUUUACCACAUCAAUCACCGGCUUCAUUAAUAUGUGCAUCGACGACGUUGUACCCACAGUGACCGUACAUAUUCCAACCAGAAGCCUUGGAUUAAAGGCAUCAUCUGCUGCCGCUUUCAAGGAGCGGGACACUAAUCCGGACGCUUCUAAGAAAUCCCGCUACGCCCUCCGACGAACCAUCAAACAGGAAAAGCGCCGAUAAGAUCCUACUACACCGGCUCUGAAGCUCGUCGGAUGUGGCAGGGCUUGCAAACUAUCACGGAUUACAAAGGGGAAACCCAGCCACGAGCUGCCCAGUGAUGCCAUCCAACCAGACAAGUUAAAUGCCCUCUAUGCUCACUUCGAGGCAAGCAACACUGAACCAUGUAUGAGAGCCCCAACUGGACGACUGUGUGAUCACGCUCUCUGUAGCCGAGUAUGACCUUUAAACAGGUUAACGUUCACAAGGCCGCAGGGCCAGACGGAUUAUCAGGAUGCGUACUCUGAGCAUGCACCAGUUCUCCCUGACCCAGUCUGUACUACCUACAUGUUUCAAGCAGACCACCAUAGUCCCUGUGCCCAAGAACGCCAUGGUAACCUGUCUAAAUGACUAUCGCCCUGUAGCACUCACAUCUGUAGCCAUUGAAAUGCUUUGAAAGGCUGGUCAUGGCUCACAUCAACACCAUCAUCCCAGACACCCUGGACCCACUCCAAUUCGCAUACCGACCCCAACAGAUCCACGCAAUCUCUAUUGCAUUCCACACUGCCCUUUCCCAACUGGACAAGAGGAACACCUAUGUGAGAAUGCUGUUCAUUGACUUCAGCGCAGCGUUCAACACCAUAGUGCCCUCCAAGCUCAUCACUAAGAUCCUCAAAUCCUCAAAAAGUUAUACAGCUGCACCAUUGAGAGCAUCUUGACUGGCUGCAUCACCGCCUGGUAUGGCAACUGCUUGGCAUCCGACAGCUAGGCGCUACAACUCAGUACAACACUCCCAUCCAGGACCUCUAUACCAGGCGGUGUCAGAGGAAGGCCCUAAACAUUUUCUGAGACUCCAGCCACCCAAGUCAUAGACUGUUCUCUCUGCUACCCCACGGCAAGUGGUACCGAUAUACCAAGUCUGGAGCCAACAGAACCCUGAACAGCUUCUACGCCUAAGCCAUAAGACUGCUAAAUAGUUAGUACAGGUAGCUAUUUGGGUAACUAUUUAACUAUCUGCAUUUUUGUACUUAUUGCACUACAUUUUCUGACUCAUCACAUACGCUGCUGCUACUGUUUAUUAUCUGUCACUUUAUUCCUAGUUAAAUGGACAUAUCUACCUCAAUUACCUCGUACCCCUGCACAUCAACUCGGUACUGGUACCCCGUGUAUAUAGCCAAGUUAUCGUUACUCAUUGUGUAUUUAUUUAUACUUAUUAUAUUAUUACUUUUAUUAUUACGUCUUUUACUUUUCUAUUAUUUCUCUAUUUUCUUUCUCUCUGCGUCGUUGGGAAGGGUUCGUAAGUAAGCAUUUCACUGUUACAUGCGCGAGCGUUGAAAACUAAAUGUGCACAUACAUUACGUUACUCAAUCAUUUCAUCCAAACUGCUUGCGAGCGUCAAUGAGCAUCUGCGUAGCCAGGCGCUAAAAUAGAACUUGGUUUUAUCUGUGCAUUAAUUGUCGGAGUAGAGGACCUUGUGCAUUUCAGGUAAAAUAACAACCCAAUGUUUAUAACCCAGGACAAAUUAGCUAGCAACAGCAAGCUAGCUAGCUAAAUUUCCAUAAAUGUUUAAUGCUUUUCGACCUGUCCCCAAAUGAAUAUAGUUGGUUCAGAGUUCGUUUUUUUUUAUAUUUCAACCUGCUUGUCCUGAUCGCGUCUGGUGUGGGUGGAAAAAAAUCAACAUGCGCACGAUGGCUGGCGUGCGCGUCUAGUCAGCAUGUUAGUCUAAACCUGUUGUUUACGAAGCAUGUGACAAAUACAGUUUUACUUAAUUUAUUUUCCAGUCUUUCUCUGAGAUGUUUGUGAAGUUCCUGGAGGUCGAGUCUAGCCCGGUGCUUCCUGUCCCCAGACUUCCUGUCUAUGACAUCAAACCCCUCAGUGCCCCGCCCCCUGGGAGGACCACCAGCUCAGCCUGGGCUCAACAACCAGAAGGUAAUGCUGUCAUGGUAAUAUUGUUCCAUGGUGAAGUAAUGCUGUCAUGGUAAUAUUGUUCCAGGGUGAAGUAAUGCUGUCAUGGUAAUAUUGUUCCAGGGUGAAGUAAUGCUGUCAUGGUAAUAUUGUUCCAGGGUGAAGUAAUGCUGUCAUGGUAAUAUUGUUCCAUGGUGAAGUAAUGCUGUCAUGGUAAUAUUGUUCCAGGGUGAAGUAAUGCUGUCAUGGUAAUAUUGUUCCAGGGUGAAGUAAUGCUGUCAUGGUAAUAUUGUUCCAGGGUGAAGUAAUGCUGUCAUGGUAAUAUUGUUCCAUGGUGUAGUAAUGCUGUCAUGGUAAUAUUGUUCCAUGGUGAAGUAAUGCUGUCAUGGUAAUAUUGUUCCAUGGUGUAGUAAUGCUGUCAUGGUAAUAUAGUUCCAGGGUGAAGUAAUGCUGUCAUGGUAAUAUAGUUCCAGGGUGAAGUAAUGCUGUCAUGGUAAUAUAGUUCCAUGGUGUAGUAAUGCUGUCAUGGUAAUAUAGUUCCAGGGUGAAGUAAUGCUGUCAUGGUAAUAUAGUUCCAGGGUGAAGUAAUGCUGUCAUGGUAAUAUUGCUCCAGGGUGAAGUUUAGGUUCUGGCUAGGGCUGAGUCUGAGGGCAUUAGUUUAGCAGGCAGUGUAGCAGGGGUUCUGUCUAGGGUUGAGACAGAGCAUUAGCACCUGUGUGUGACAGGUGAUUUCCCGUGGCCGGCAGCACCCAGAGGGAUCGUUCAUUAUCUUCUGCUGUAGGAAUAUCAACCCUCAGUUUCACCCUCCGCCACAACCUCAGUAGAGACUUUUUUUGUUUUCUUCUUACUUAAGCAAACCUUGAGGUUCUGGUCAUGUACAGCCCUGCACGGCAUUACAUUUUAAACCCGGGCCUUACCCAUGCCCGCAACGUUCAGGUCCUACCCUACCCUACCCAGGCCCGAUUGCUUCUGCCAAAUUUAAGGCCCGACCCUGCCUGAAUCCCCGAAACCAUUAGUAAAUCCAUUAGCUGCUUCUCUCUGUCUGUCACUAGCUCCCUGCUUGCAGCUCGCUCUGCAUGCGCUCUGCUCAUGGCGCUCUGAGUCUGUGAGUAUCCAUAGCAACGGCUCCACUUGGGCUGCUCUGCUCAAUAAAGAGACAUGAGAGAGCAGUUAGCUGGUAGCUACUUUCAGUCACUCUAAACUCUGACAAAACUCAAUGAACAUCAUUAUUUUCUGUGAAGUAAUCUCUCCUGUUUUUAUAUUGGACGAGGUUGAAGCGCUUCUGACACCAUGUUAUGGUCUUAGUCAGAUAUGACUGUACUGCGCAGCAGAGCACGAGGAAAUGGCCGAGCUUCAAAAUGUUAGUGAUCAAUUUAGUGAUACCCGAGCCCUACCCGAACCCUAGUUAUUGAUGAGAAAACAGGCCCUACCCGGCCCUAACCUGAUGUAUAAUGUCGGGGCCCGUCAGGCUUGGGUCGGGUAGCAGAGCUCUACGGCCGUCUCAACCCGUCACCUCCAGCUUCAUCCGACCUCUAACCUCUAAUCUCUGACCUCUGUUUCCUCCUAGGAGGGGUGGCAGCCGGCAGGGGACAGAGAGCAGCAGGGGAGUCCAACCCUUUCCUAGCUCCCCGCUCUGCGGCCGUACCACUGAUGCAUCAUGGGAGUGGUAGUUCCAGUGCGUUGGGAGGACACCACCACCUCCUGAUGAAACCUAUCUCAGACAACCUGCCCACCUUCACGCCUUUGCCUGUCUCUGCCGAGAGCGGAGGGCAGGUGCUCAAAGACUUACUCAAGCAGUGA